CAAACAACCGGAUAUGACGUACAGAACAAAAACCGUUCAGCCGUUUUUUUUGGUUGGCAUGGAUUUUGAGUGGUAAACACAACAACUGGGAUUGUUAAGGGUCUUUUCUCGUUACCCCUAUCAUCAAAACUUGUCUUAAAAAGGCGGCAUUUAUUUUAAGAUUAACAUGUCUCCGUCAACCGUCCAAUACAUGAUGGUGGACAGUGUCUGGAACACAGUGAAGCUAACCAACAACGCCAUGCACGGCUAACGCUAACAAGGUCUCUGAGCUGCCGUUGUUUCUGCUUUGGGAAAUGUUCAUGUGCCUUUUUGGAAAUGGAGAGAAAAGUGGCGAUUUUAAGGCCGAGCCCCAACGAAGAGGCUCGGAUAAUACGAGAGGAACAUGAGAGGAGGAGGAAACUGCGAAUACAACAGGUGCGGGAGCAGCAGCGGUACAUCGCGCUGCAGAUCCGCCAGGAGGUUGAGCGGAGGCGGCAACGAGAGUUGGAGAAGCUAGGAGAGGAGCUGAGGGCAGACUGGGAGCGACAGCAGAGGGAAAAACUUGACACUCUGCAGAAGCUAUAUCAAGAGAGCCUCCUCCUCAUCGGCCAAGGACACAGAGAUGCAAAGGAAAAUGAACCAGACUUGGUAGCUGUUGCUCAGAGGGAGGAGGAAAAUCACACCAAAGCAGUUCAGCGCCAUCGAGAAGCCCUGAAAGAGCUUAAAUCACAGAGGCUUAAAGACAAGAAGAAGCAAAACAGGGUUAUCAAUGCCAGAAAGAAGGCGCUGCUGGCAGAAAAAGAAAGAGCCGCAAAAGUAGCAAGCCUUCCACCGCCUCCCCCAAACCCCAUUCAGAACAUCGAUUCCAAGAAGCCUCAUGUUGUGAAGAAAUCUGAUGUGAGUGCCUUUGCUGCGACUCAUUACCACAUGCCUGAGAGCACUGUGGAUAGAGAGGAGGAGACAAAACAGCCUAAUGCCUGUGAAGAAGCAGAGCUGGAGGUGAGGAGACUGCAGGACUUGCAGAGGGAGGAACAGAGGAGGAGGGAGGAGCAGCUUGAGAAAGCUCGUCUCAGGGGGAAGCAAGCUCUGAAAAGGGAACAUCUUGUGCAGGAUCGUCAGCGUUUACUUGUUGAACUGGAGCACAUGCAGCAGACAGACCUGCUGAGAAGAAGACAGCAGGUAGCACAGAUGCCUCCUCAGAUCUUUCAGCCUCUUUAUAAAAGAAAAGAGACGAGAGAGGACUUUCAGAGGGAGAUGGAGUUUGCCUUUGAGGACAUGUAUACUGGAGAGAGGAGGGUAAAAGGUGACCUGGUGGUUCAGCUGGUACCUGAGCCUCUGCCAGCUCCAUCCACAGGCAGCCAGGACCAAGAGCUGGACAUCACACUGGAUGAAAUUGCCACUCCAGGAACAGAAAACACACAGCAAGAAGAUGGAAGGACUGAGCAGGGGACAUCUCCUCAAGGGGUGCCCCCCAAACCUGCUCCCAGACGGGCGUUAAAAAAACUGCUGGAUCGUAUCCGGAACCAGAGGACUCACUGGGUAACCCAGAACAGUCGAGUCCUUGCGGCUGACUCACCUCCAGUCAGCACUGAUCACAUCCCAGAACGAGACGCAACCAUAGACACGGGCUCUCUGACCAGUGAGGAGAAAGGCAUCCUGCCCCCCACAGAGCUCCCUGAGCCUGACGGUUCAGCAUCAGCAUUGGCUGCAGUGGAGUCAGUUGCAGCAGAGGGGUGGCUCCCAGCUGCUCUCCAUCCUGAUGGACUUCUCAACAGAAUCCAAGAGUUUGAAGAAGAACGAAAGAAAAGGGAGGAGGAACUUGAGCGGGAGAAGCAGCAGCAGGUGAUGUUAAUCCAGGAGCUGGAAGAACAGAAAGCCAAACUGGAGCAGAUGCUGCUUGAAGCCCAGCAGGAGAGGGAACAACUGAAGGCUGCUGUGACCCAACAAGUACCCACUGACCCACCAGAAGUGCCUGUUCAGGACUCUGUCAGCCCUGGGGUAGCCUUUGAGCUUGUUCCUGCUCCAGCUGAAGAUGGACACAGCAGCAGAAUAAGAGAGUACCAGCAGCGGCUGCUUGAACAAAACAGAACUCACCAGAGAACAGUGGAAGUGGCUCGCCAGCGCCUGGAGGAGUACCAGCGAGCUCUACGAAUACGUUACAACAUGAGUGCUGCUUCAUCAUUGCCAGCUGUUGCACCUCCAUCUCUCAUUCACCCUCCUCUCAGUGCUCCGUCUGUACGUCUUCCAACUCCUCUCCAACUGCCCACGACUCCUGUAGUUUCCACACAGGUCCACAAUAAACCACCAACUCCUGUGGAAGUUCCCACAAGAGAGACAGAUAGUUUGUCUUCUCUGUCCUGCUUCACUGGUUCCAAUUUGAGGGUUGGCUCCCAGCUGCUUUCGAAUACAGAGGAAUUAAUGUCUGAAUUACCCAGUAACCAGAGACCUGAUGUAACAGCCUUGCUGACUGACAGCAUAAUGGAGAGAGUAACGAGGCACCUUGCAGAGCGGGAGAGACCUUUCUCUGUCACUGUAGAGCCACUGUCUUACAAAACCCCCUCAACUCACAAACCAACCAUUGCCCCUCACCAUCCACCCUCUGAUACCUUCCAAACCACUAGCCAGCACAUCACUGACAAUGCACCACGUCAGAUUGUAUAUCAUGAAGACAUAAAGCCAGCUGAGCCUCUGCAGGCUGAGUCCAUCAAUGUAAAAGCAGACAGCAUGGAGAGGCAGAGACAAGAGCUUCAAGUGGUCCAGAGACGUUUCCUGGAGCAGAGCGAGUUAUUGGCUCAGCAGCAGAGACAGCAAGAAGAAGAGAGAAGACGUCAGGAACUAGAGAGGGAGCAGAUGAAGCGACACAAGGAGAAACUGCAGGUUCUUAUUCACACUGAUCCAGAUCCGGCUACAGAGGCUGACAGUGAAGUGUCGGUUUCAGACAACAUCAGUCAGACUCGUCUUAAAAUACUUGCUUCUCUGCUGAGAGUAAUAGAGGAAACCAGCGGAGGAAGUUUAUCACACCUAGAGGAAGAUCCUCAGGAGGAUGACUCUGCUCAACAACUCCAAUCUGACAGUGAAGUGUCUGAACCCGUCUCUCUCAGUGAUAUUCCUGCUGAACCUUCCACAGCCUCAGUCCUCCCCCAGGCUCUCCUCCCUCCUCUUCAGGCAACAAAGCCUCCAGUGACCCGAGUCAGGCUGGGCAUCAUGGACAUGAUGAUGGAACAACAUGAACUCAGUGCCAUUCAAGAGGUGGAGACACCCGUCAACACCAGUCUAGUCACAGGUCCAGAGGAAAGUCUCAGGGUUCCUUUAGGCUCCGCAGACUUCGAUCCACAGGAGGAAUCAGCAUCAUCUUUUGCAUCCGACAGAAGUCUGCACACACCCUCUGUGAUCAGCAGAGGAGAGCAGACUGCUGAAAGACCAAACGGCUCUGGAGCAAGCUCAAGGAGAUCCAGUCUCCAGGCCUGGAGAAAGAGGUUGAUGGAGGCAGGAAGGUCUUCUCCUGAAUCCUCAGAGUCUGAUUCAGUCCUGAGAAUGAUUUCACCAGUUUCCUCCGACUCUGGAAGAGGAGCGGACUACUCUGGUCCAGCAGUCAUGACCUUCAGAUCCCCAUCAGAGACUGCACACAGGCCUCCUGAUUCUGACUGCCUCUCCUCUACCACCAUCUCCACUGGCAGCUACAUCACCACUGAUCCUGAGCAAAAUGUAAACUCUGAUAAAUCUUCACCCCUCAAGCAUUUUUUAGAAAGAAGUCAAGGAGCAGAUUUACUGGGUGUCUCCUCUCCAUCACUCCGAAGCGUCUGUGAUAAGGACAGCUCAGCAGCUCAUCCUGGUCCAGCUGUUGAUUCACUCUUCAGUGAAAGUAAUAUCCAGCGCAUCAUUGACCGAUACACACAAGAGCUUAACUUCUCACUCAACACCACCGGGAGAGUCACAGACAGGGAAGGCUCAUUCACAGAAGAACCUGGCCCUUCAGUUUCUCAGCAGUCUUUGGUUUGUGUCUCAGAGAGAAGUGAAGGGGAUGAAAGAACUACUUAUCAGUCUCCACCUUCAGACACAGCAGGAGAACAGGGAAGUGGCUGGGAAAGGAAUAAUCCCAUCCUGGAGCAGUCUUCAAGAGAAGAUCCAUCAUUAGCAGAGGACUCCUUUAGACCUCUGAUUGGCCACCUGACUGAUCAAUCAUCCUGUCUCACUGCCGAGCACAGAGACCCAACCAUGGAACAGUUGGUGGGUCAGCCAUCGGCUCACUCUUCUAUGAUUGGACAGCCACCAGGACCAUUGGUUUCACUGAGCUUAGAUCAGGGCGGAUGGGAUUCAACUCUGAUGCGGAUGAUUGGUCGCCUCUCUCAUCCAUCCAGCUCUCAUUGGCUGAGCGGUGGACAGGACUUUUAUGCUGGCCACCUGAUUGGUGAAAUGUCUUCAGAACGGUCUACUACGUGGCUGGAUGAAGGUCAGGAGGAGACCCUGAUGAGACCGCUGGUUGGGGAGCUUGAUGAGUCUGCUGGACAGAACAGUGGAAGCUCAGGUGAAAGAAGGUACACUGAAGCUAGUGUACCGUCAUACCCAGCGUUACCUCCCGAAACCUCCUCACACAAUGACACCGUCCCAGGUUUGGUCCUAAAUUCCCAGGAGCAGGUACACCAGGACCAAACCAAUCCAACAGACCAGGGCCAAGAGAGGACUGAAGUGUUUCCAGGCUCUGACUCGUUCCAUCCCUUACUGGCUGAAGUCACACACAAUGAAACAGCAUACCCCUCUGUGAUCUUUCACCAGCCUGAACUCGAUGUGCCUAUCUCACCUGAACAGCAAGCCAGUGAAGGACACAGUAUUUCCACACCUUCUGAAGAGCUUGAACGUCCCGAUGAUCCUACUGUUGAGUCUGAACCGUCACCUGAGCGUCUCAGAGCAGAGGAGCCAUCCAGCUGUACAACAGCUUCACCAGCACUACACGAAUCCUUCUCCCAGCUCAUGACCUCCAAGCUCCAUCCACAUGAAUCUGUCCUCACUGAGUCUCCCAUCAAGAGGACGAAUGUGGAGUUAACAGCUCUGAAUUUGUUGCAGUUAAAUUUAUGUGACAGUUCAGCCAAAGUGGAAAUGCCAGAGGAAGCAAAAACUAACAAAAACAGCAUCUCAGUUCAGUGCAGCAAAGAAGAAGAGUCUGGCCAAGGUUCAACCAUGAAGAAUGAUACUCCUGUAUCUUGCAUGAUAAUGGAAGCUGCCUGUGAGAAGGGGAUCCUGGAGCAAUCUGAGAUAACGCUGGUGAGUCUAACAGACACAACACUGCAAGACCAAGAGACAACUAUCACUGAAGAAGACGAUGAAGAAGAAGAGGUGCUUUGGGAAGACAGGAAUCUAGAUAGAAUGAGGGAGGAAGGAAAGAAAGGCCAGAAAACCAAAAGGUCAGAAUCACUGUUACUGAAUGAGACUCCAGAAGACCAAAAGCAUUCAGGGACACUCCUGGAGUUUCAGUGGGGUCCCAGUGAAAGCCUGCAGGAGGCCUAUCAGCAGAAGUGCAGAGCUCUGCUCCAGAGAUCAUCCCGAAGAGUUGAGGAAAUAAAAACUAAAGCAGCUCUUGCAAAGAAUCAACCUAAGAUCCAAGAGCCAUCUAAAACAAGAGAUAAGUCUUCAACUAAGGACUCAAAUCCAGUCAUCUGUAAAGCAAAGACCAAGUCAGAGAGUCAACAUAAAAAUAAAACUAGUUCAAGAGGAGGACCAGCAGAGCUGCAAAGAACUACUGAGACUGCUGGCUUCAGUAACCAGAAAAAAACCCAGGGUCCUCCUCUAGCGAGUGACGUCAGGCUGGAAGAGGUGAAGCUGUGCACAACAGGGCAGAGAAAACGAGAUGUUUCUGAGAUGCACCAGAGAACUCAGAGACUAUACGAGCAGCUGGAGGAGGUCAAGCAUCAAAAAGCAAUGAGGAGUAGACAGGAAGCAUAUGCACAAAACAGACUGAAGGCCAAAGAGUUCCACAAGAAGACAUUACAGAAACUUCGUGCCAAGCAAACUCUGCAGUGACUUUGAAUGUUUUUCUCUUUUUUUAUUUAAAUUAUUUUUUAAAAUUUUAUUAAUAAAGGAUUUUAAUUUAUUUUGAAUCAAAC